ACACCCACACCCACACCCUCACCCACACCCUCACCCACACCCACACCCUCAUCCAUACUCUCACCCUCACCCAUACCCACACCCUCAUCCAUACUCUCACCCUCACCCAUACCCACACCCACACCCUGACCCUCACUCACACCCUCACCCUCACCCUCACCCACACCCUCACCCACACCCUCACCCACACCCUCACCCUCACUCACACCCUCACCCACACCCUCACCCACACCCACACCCAUACCCUGACCCUCACUCACACCCUCACCCACACCCUCAUCCAUACUCUCACCCUCACCCAUACCCACACCCACACCCUGACCCUCACUCACACCCUCACCCUCACCCACACCCACACCCUCACCCACACCCUCAUCCAUACUCUCACCCUCACCCAUACCCACACCCUCACCCUCACCCUCACUCACACCCUCACCCACACCCUCACCCACACCCUCACCCUCACCCUCACUCACACCCUCAUCCAUACUCUCACCCACACCCUCACUCACACCCUCACCCACACCCUCACCCACACCCACACCCAUACCCUGACCCUCACUCACACCCUCACCCUCACUCACACCCACACCCACACCCUCACCCACACCCUCACUCAUCUCACCCUCACCCAUACCCUCAUCCAUACUCUCACCCUCACCCUCACCCUCACCCACACCCUCACCCAUACUCUCACCCUCACCCCCACCCUCACCCACACCCUCAUCCAUACUCAUACCCUCACCCAUACCCUCAUCCAUACUCUCACCCUCACCCUCACCCUCACCCACACCCUCACCCAUACUCUCACCCUCACCCCCACCCUCACCCAUACCCUCAUCCAUACUCUCACCCUCACCCCCACCCUCACCCACACCCUCACCCAUACCCUCAUCCAUACUCUCACCCACACCCAUACCCUCAUCCAUACCCCCACCCUCACCCAUACUCUCAUCCAUACUCACACCCUCACCCAUACCCUCAUCCAUACUCACACCCUCACCCAUACCCUCAUCCAUACUCACACCCUCAUCCAUACUCAUACCCUCACCCAUACCCUCAUCCAUACUCAUACCCUCACCCAUACUCUCACCCUCACCCAUACCCUCAUCCAUACUCAUACCCUCACCCAUACCCUCAUCCAUACUCACACCCUCACCCAUACCCUCAUCCAUACUCACACCCUCAUCCAUACUCAUACCCUCACCCAUACUCUCACCCUCACCCAUACCCUCAUCCAUACUCAUACCCUCACCCAUACCCUCAUCCAUACUCACACCCUCACCCAUACCCUCAUCCAUACUCACACCCUCACCCAUACCCUCAUCCAUACUCACACCCUCAUCCAUACUCUCACCCAUACCCUCACUCAUACCCUCAUCCAUACUCAUACCCUCAUCCAUACUCAUACCCUCACCCAUACUCUCAUCCAUACUAAUACCCUCACCCAUACCCUCAUCCAUACUCACACCCUCACCCAUACCCUCAUCCAUACCGUCAUCCAUACUCAUACCCUCAUCCAUACUCAUACCCAUACCCUCAUCCAUACUCACACCCAUACCCUCAUCCAUACUCACACCCAUACCCUCAUCCAUACUCACACCCUCAUCCUCACCCACACCCAUACCCACUCUCACCCAUAUCCUCAUCCAUACCCACACCUUCAUCCAUUCUCACACCCAUACUCUCAUCCAUACUCACACCCAUAUCCUCAUCCAUACUCACACCCAUACCCUCAUCCUUACUCACACCCAUACCCUCAUCCAUACUCACACCCUCAUCCUCACCCACACCCAUACCCACACUCACCCAUACUCUCACCCAUACCCUCACCCAUAUCCUCAUCCAUACCCACACCUUCAUCCAUACUCACACCCAUACUCUCAUCCAUACUCACACCCAUAUCCUCAUCCAUACUCACACCCAUACCCUCAUCCUUACUCACACCCAUACCCUCAUCCAUACUCACACCCUCACCCAUACCCUCAUCCAUACUCACACCCUCAUCCAUACUCUCACCCAUACCCUCACUCAUACCCUCAUCCAUACUCAUACCCUCAUCCAUACUCAUACCCUCAUCCAUACUCAUACCCUCAUCCAUACUCAUACCCUCAUCCAUACUCAUACCCUCAUCCAUACUCAUACCCUCAUCCAUACUCAUACCCUCAUCCAUACUCAUACCCUCACCCAUACUCUCACCCUCUCCCAUACCCUGAUCCAUACUAA